CGUGUGCCCAGAUUACUCUCUGGACUGUGUAGAGCCACCUCCUUGGAGCAGCUCCACUCUGCAGGAACACAUUAUGGCUCUGCGGCCCCGAGCGUCCUCUCAGCCAGGAAAAAACUCCUUCCUCCAGAUCUCAAAGUCCACCUCCUCCCUCCGACCUCGGGCUGUUUCCUCAUGCUCAGGCUCCAUGCUGGAAGACGAGCUGUCUUGUCCCGUCUGCUGCGAGAUCUUCAAGGAGCCGGUGGUGCUCAAAUGCAGCCACAGCUUCUGCCGGGCCUGCUUGCAGCAGUUCUGGAACAAGAAGAAGGCCAGACGUGAGUGUCCGAUCUGCAGGAGGAAGUGCUCGCUGACAGAGCCCACGGUCAGUCUCGCUCUAAAGAAUGUGGCUGACACAUUUCUGAGGGAGCAGGAGCGGAAAACCAAUGCAGCGGGGCCAGGGCUGGGACCAGGGUCAGGGCCAGGGCCCAGCAGGACAGGUGAGGGGGCAGCGGUGGUGGUGGAGGAGAAGUGUUUCAGCCAUGGAGAAGUUCUCAAGCUCUUCUGUAUGAAUGACUUUGAAGCUCUGUGCCUCGUGUGUCACACUUCCAAGAAGCAUCAGGGACAUAAAAUGUGUCCUCUGGAUGAAGGAGCUGAGGACCUCAAGAAUGAGCUGAAGAAGGACCUGAUUCCUUUAAAGAAGAACCUGCGUCGCCUGUAUGAAGCCAAGCAGGAGUGUGAGGACACAAUGGUCCACAUCAAGACCCAGACACAUGCCACAGAGAAGCAGAUCAUGCAGGAGUUUGAGCAGCUUCGGGAGUUCCUGGACCGGGAGGAGGCAGCUCGGCUGGCUGCCCUUCAGCAGGAGGACGAGGAGAAGAAGGAGCUGGUUAAGAAGAAGGCCGACCUCAUUACCAGGGACAUCCUCUCCCUCUCUCACGCAGUCAUCGCCAUCGAGAAUGAGAUUUCCUCCAGUGAUGCUCUUUUUCUUCUGAACUAUGCCAGCACAAAGAAAAGACUGCAGAUUCCUCAGAAAGAUCCAGAAAAGGCAUCAGGAGCUCUUAUAAAUGUGGCCAAGCACGUGAGUUCCCUCAGGUACCACGUGUGGGAGAAGAUGGCAGAGCUGGUUCAGUACACUCCCAUCACCCUGGACCCAAACACUGCGUACUCCUGGCUGACCCUCUCGCCAGACCUCACCAGUGUAGCCAACAGUGGGUCUCUGCAGCAGCUCCCGGACAACCCCGAGCGUUUUGGUCAUUUUGUGUUUGUGCUGGGCUCAGACGGCUUUACUUCAGGUCGCCACGCCUGGGAGGUGGAGGUGGGCAACAAGCUGGACUGGAUGCUUGGGGUGGUCAAAGAGUCUAUUGAUAGGAAAGGCCGUAUCUCAGGCUGUCCGGAGGGCGGCUUCUGGAUGAUCUCGCACUACGAGGGAGCAUACUCAGCCAUGACGAGGCCCAGCACCCCGCUACACCUGGAGGGGGAGCUAACUCGGGUCAGGGUUCAGCUAGACUACGAGUCCGGAGAGGUGGCCUUCUCAAACCCUGUGACCAUGACGCAUAUCUACACCUUCACCGACUUCUUCACUGAGAAGAUGUUUCCCUUCUUCUGCCCUGGGGCAAACAUUAAUGGGAAUAACCCCAACCCCCUUAAAAUAUGCCCUGCUAAGGUGUCUGUGUGGAACAGUGCGACCUGGUGAUUUCAGGUCACUUCCCAGAAGGCCUCAGACCAGAUGAGGUCAACAAGCAGACAUUUUCAUUAGUAAUGUUUUGUAUUUCUCUCAGAUUUAUUAGUGUCAGAAGCAAAAACAUGUCGUUUGAAACAAAAAUUGUUCGGAACAUUUCCUUUCUCAAGUCAGAGUAUCUAACAGCUCUGCAUCAGGUGGUCAGAGUGCACAUUUGCUGUCUCACAAAAGCCACAUUUAAGGUGCAUUAUGUAGAAAUAAAGUAAACAUUACAUCUUGUGGUAAAAAUUUGGGCACUGCAUUCACUUUAAACAACUCUGGAGCCAUUGUCAAAUUACAGUUGUCGCCGGUGCUGCAGCAUUAGCUCGCAGGAGACACGGCACCCCCACACUCACUGAUGGUAAACAGCAGUUAUGUCCCUCCUGCCUUUGUUUUGAAAGGAGAAAAACUGACAAUCCCCGCAGCCAGCUGGAUAUGAGAUAUGUUUCAGUUUAACCUUCCUUCCAAAAUGACAGAAACUCUGGUCUCCUCUGGGAUUUUCUCUCUGUAAAAUUCUCACUAUAUUCUUACAUGCUGCACCUUUACUUUACUCUGAUUUCUUUUGAUUCAAGUCCGUUUCACAUUAAGAUCAAUGUGUGUGACAGUUAAAGCAUUCAUCUCUUUAAUCUAUGAGAAUAAAAAAAUCUGCUGUACAUGAAGUUCCUGACGCAGACAGCUUCAGAGUCAGCUACAUGCAUUCACUUGUUUUAUAUUUGGAUUCAAGCCCACAGUCAAAGGCUCUGACCUACUGAGAAUUUUUACUCCACAAAUGAACUGUGUGGCUGCUGCUGUAUCAGAAACCAAACUGGGAUUGCUUAAACCCAACAGAAAUGUGAGCUCGUGCUUUGGGAUGUUUAAAACCGGCAGCUGAUGAAUAAACUACCUUUAAGAGCACAUUCUGACCUGUUGUGUCUUUUUUGGAAGAACUCAGAGGGCAGCAGCUAGUUUCUCCCGGACUCCGUAUCCUCUCAUGUUUGUGUGCAACUGGAGGCAAAGCGACACAGAAACUAAAGGUGUUUUUAUCGUGCCAUCGUU